AUGAAUCCGUUUUGCUUCUAAAAGCAUCUGUAAAAUGCGGCGGUGAAUCCAUAAGUAAAACCCUCUUCCGACGCCGUAGGCCGGCGGACUGAUUUCCGACGUUUUCGCCGGCGACAUACGGAUGUCUGCUGCUGUGCGCCGUCUGCACAGGAGUCUCAAGGUCUGCCAUUUCUGCCCUCUCUCUCUCCACCUCAGCUCGGAAACCCUAGCCCAUCUGCUAUCUGUUUCUCAUCAAUCGAUACAGUUUGCUUAUUUCAGCAGCUCCAGCUCACACAAUGUCGGCUCAAAAUUCGAUUAUCUUAGUCAAUUUUCUCCUUUUAACAGUAGCUCCGCAAACAGUGUGAUUAAUUCAAAUGAGAGGCGUAUGCUCGCCGUCGGAAUUUCAAAGAUGAUCAAGCGGAAGAAGAGGCGCCUCUUCAUUCGGUUCUCCAGAAGAUUUUCUCCAGUUACCCUUGUGAAAAUCAUGGUAGCGCUCGAGGACAGGCAGGUUGCGUUUGCAUUUUUCAAAUAUGUUUUUCGUGAUUACUCGAACGGCCUCGUCCCACGUUAUUGUGUUGUCGUGCAUUUGUUAGUAGCUAAGGAAUUUAGGUUCUUAGCUCAGGAUGUCCUCACAUGGAUGAUACGGGAAAUGGGAGAGAAGAGGAGUUAUGUUCUUGUAUGGAGAGAAAACUUUAGGACUGAAGUGGACUUUUAUAUUCUUGAUGCACUAAUGCGCUCUUUUACAAAUGCAGAGAUGGCAUAUUGUGCCCUGGAGGUUUUGGAUAGGAUGAGAGGAGUUGGUGGUAGGCCGAGUUCAUCAGCUAUUUGUUGUUUGAUGAAGUUGUUACUACGGUUUGGUGAUUAUGGCAGUGUGUGGAUGUUGUUCAGAGAUAUGGUUCGUAAAGGACCUAUCCCUUUGAAUUAUGUUUACAAUGUGAUGAUUCUUGGAUUCUGUAGGAGAGGCUGCAUUCGGAUUGGAGAAAGUUUGUUGUAUGUGAUGAGGAAGUUUGGGUGUGAGCCAGAUGUAUAUACGUAUAAUAUUUUGAUCAAUGCAUAUUGUGUUAAAGGGUGGACUUGGGAUGCAUUCAGAUGGGUGCGUUUGAUGGUUGAAAGUGGUUGCGCUCCAAGCUCUGCUACAUUUAGUACAGUCAUCAAUGCUUUUUGCAAGGAGGGUAAUAUUGUUGAAGCAAAAAAAAUCUUUUGUUGGAUGCAAGAAUUGGGCGUGUUUCCAGACACCGUACUGUAUAAUGCCUUGAUGGAUGGCUGUGUCAAGGCAAGAGAAAUUGGUAUGGCAAAUGUGCUCUAUGAAGAAAUGAGAAGCAAGGGUGUCGCACCUGAUGGCGUGACUUUUAACAUCUUAGCUGCUGGUAAUGAAAGGUUCGGUAAUGAGCAGGAUCAGAACAGGUUGCUAAGGGACUUUUCAGGGAUGGGAUCGGUUCCGGAUUCUUCACUACCUGAUAUAUGUAUUGGAGGACUGUGUUGGGCAGGUAGAUUGGGUGAAGCUUUUGAACUAUUGGAGUUUAUGCUUGACAAAGGAAUUUUUCUUAGUGUAAUUUCAUUUAACUCCUUAAUUCUUUCCUAUAGCAAAGCAGGGUUAGAAGAUAAGGCUUUCGAAGUCUACAACAUUAUGUUGAAAGUUGGCCUCACCCCAUCAGCUUCCACAUAUACUUCACUUCUCUUAGGUUUAUCUAGAAUUGGGAGGCUUCAAGAGGCCAAGUCUCUUAUAUACAAGAUGAUAGAAAAUGGUUAUCCCAUCAGUAGAGCAGCUUUCACAGUGGUUCUGGAUGGGUAUUUUAAGAAAGGAGACAUGAUGGGAGCUCAAGGUCUUUGGACAGAAAUGGAGAUGCUUGGGAUGGCUCCUGAUGCUGUUGCAGUUUCUGCUUUCAUUCAUGGCCUUUCCAAGGGGGGUUUUAUUGAACAGGCGUACAAUAUGUUUUUGAAAAUGUUCAGUAAAGGGCUCGUGCCUAACAAUUUUGUUUACAAUUCCUUAAUUUCUGGCUUUUGCAACUGCGGUGAACUAGAUGAGGCGUUAAGGCUGGAAUUGGAGAUGAGGAAUAGGGGUUUGCUCCCCGAUGUCAUCACCCUCAAUAUCAUUAUCAAAGGUUUCUGCAACCAAGGAAGAAUGAAAUCGGCCAUGGCCACCUACAUGGAGAUGAUGAGACGUGGAUGGACCCCAGAUAAUGUGACUUAUAAUACUUUGAUCAGUGGAUACUGCAUGCAGCUUGACAUGUUAAAUGCGGAGAAUUUGGCAAACACAAUGCAUAAUAGUGGCUGGGGCCCAGAUAUUACAACUUACAACAUACAGAUUCAUGGUUAUUGCAGAAGCCGAAGAAUGAAUAGAGCUAUAAUGAUGCUUGAUGAGCUAGUUUCUGCUGGAAUAGUUCCAGAUACAGUUACCUACAACACUCUGAUGAGUGGUGUCUGCCGUGAUAUACUAGAUCGUGCAAUGAUGUUGACAGGAAAAUUGCUUAAGAUGGGUUUUGUUCCAGAUUUAGUUACAACUAACUUACUGUUGUCUAACUUACGCAAACAUGGUUUACCGCACAGGACAGCAAUGUGGGCACAGAAGUUGAGCGAGAUUUCUUUUGAGUUUGAUGAGAUAACGUAUAAGAUAUUGGAUAGAGCAUAUAAUGAUUUAGAAGAUGUUGGAUCUACAAAAGAAAUAACAGGGAAAAGUCUCUUUCUUGACCUCCUAAUGUACAUGACUUAUGACUUCAUAUACAGAAACAGGGUUUAUCAGAAAACAAGUUCUAACCCCUUUGGGUUUACUGAUGAUCUGUCCAGCAUGAAUGUGGAAGCUGUCUUCAGAUAAGUUAAUGAAGUGAUUGCUCCCUAGGUAUUUGGUGACCAGCCAGAAGAUUUCUGAUGAGGACCACCCUGAUUUUGCCCUUGCACCAAAAUAUAGAAGCUGAUUAGGUGAUUCCUGUGUGUGCAUCUAGGUGUCCUUGAUGAGGAAAUGGCAAUUCUUUCUUCAUCAGCUUGCUUGCUAUGUGCGUUUUGAAACUUAAAAUGAGGUGAGAGUUCUUCACUGAAAGUGGAUCAUGAUUUGUGAUCUUGACUUAGGAAGCAAAUCUGUCCCAGCAUCCGCCUUGAAGAAGACACAGAAUCCUAACACGGGAGGUUUGCCCUUUUCGUUGGAUCAUUUUACCAGUCUAGAUCAGUUUUCCAGUGCCCAAAAAUUGCAUGGGGCAAAGACAUCAGUAGGCUACAAAGACUAACGGACUCAAAACUCGAUACAUAGAGCUCCCAUCAAUGAGCUGAGUUACCUUGUUCUUAAAAAGCAAAUGGCAGCAUUCAGAAUUGUAGAUGGAAUCAGAGUGGUCUUGUAGCUGCUUAUCCCUCAGCAUAAGAGAAGUGAUACAGCGAUUUUUUGGCUGUUUCUACAUGUAUUGUUUACUGUAAGCCCAUCUCUCUCUCUCUCUCUCUCUCUUGGUUAUGUACAUAGAAUUUUUGAGCAACACAACAUUAUUUUAAGCUCUAUUAAUUUCCACCACCUGUUCUUACCCA